AUGAACGUGCUCACCUCGGCGGACCUGAGCGCUGACGGCGCGCCGCUGUUGCGCACGGGCGCCGGCGACGACGAGGAGUUCCUUCUGGCCAGCUUCAGCAACGUGGAGAUCCACGCCGCGGCCAGCGACAUGGGCGAGGACGACGACAGAGAGACGCAGACGCUGCCGCACAGCGGAGCGGCCGGCGCGCUGUUCGUGACCACAAGCCGCGUGGUGUGGCUGGGCGCCCCCAUGGGCGCGCACGUGGGCUACGCGUGGGAGAUGAGCUCCGUGACGCUGCACGCCAUCUCGCGGGACCCGGCGGCCUUCCCGAAGCCGUGCUUGUACUGCCAGAUCAGCAACCAGGACGUGUCGGAAGUGCGCUUCGUGCCGGCCGACGACAAGACGCUGCAAGAGGUGUUCGACGCGUUCUGCAAGUCGGCCGAGAUGAACCCGUACGAUGACGACGAGGACGACGACGAUGGCUGGAUCUGUGACGAGGACGAGGUGGCGGACGGCGCGCGGGCAGCGCAACUGGCCGCGCACUUCGACUCGAUGCUGCAGGUGUCGCCGGGGCUCCAGAAUGGCUCGACGGAGGCAGGGCAGUUCGACGACGCCGAUGAAGACAGUCUGCUGUAA